AUGCCGGAUAGCAUCAUGAUUAGUACGUACCAGCCUGUAAAUCCGGCAGCACCGCGCUACCAACUCGCGUCGAGGCCACAAUUGGCCGAGGCAAUAAGCAAGGAAGACGACUGGACUGGGACCAAGGAUGCCGCGGCACGUAGAAGGGCACAGACUAGACUCAUCACAAGGGCAUACCGAGAACGCAAAGCCCUGGCUGAAAAUAAGACACCGGUUAAAUCAGAGGAGCUGGUAGAAUGCUGGGAUAUUAAGCAGCAAUCCAUCUCCGUCGUGCCAGCAUCCCGUAUUAAGGAACUAUACAAUGCGAGGGGUGCCUUGCUGCCAGACAAACAGAGAAAAGCCCAGUUUAACAUUAUCUUCCCCCUCUGUCCAGACCAUCUCAUCACACUCCUCCAGUUAAACGCCCUCCGCGCCCUGGCUGUCAACCGAACUUUAAUCUCAGGCAUCCUUGUCACACCGCUCGACUGUGGCGAAGAAAUUAUCCACAUCAUCCCCUACCCCACCAAGCCCGAACUACUCCCUUUAUCACUCCUACCCACCGCCCUUCAACAAACGGGGCGGGACCGGUUAAUCCGGGCCGCUGGCACCUUCGAUGAGGACGAGCUCUGGGCCGACUGCAUCGGCGGGCUGUUCGAAGGCUUUCCCGACGACGAGGUCGAGCGACGCGGCAUUAUUGCGUGGUCGCCGCCUUGGGAUAUCACGGGGUAG